AUGGGGAAGGGUAAACCUAGGGCUGUGGAGAAAGGUGUGGUAGGGCCAAGUCCCAGCGUUACGCCGUGUGGAUCGUCCACUAUACCUACGGGGCCUGUCUAUUACCCUACCGAGGAUGAAUUCAAGGAUCCUUUGGAGUAUAUUUACAAGAUUAGACCAGAGGCUGAGCCUUAUGGAAUUUGUAGGAUUGUGCCUCCAAAGAGUUGGAAACCCCCUUUUGCUUUGGAUCUUGAAUCUUUCACUUUUCCUACCAAGACUCAGGCCAUUCACAAGCUCCAGGCACGCCCUGCUGCCUCUGAUUCCAAUACUUUUGACUUGGACUACUCUAGGUUUUUACGUGAUCACUCUAGUAAGAAGUCCAGGAAAAGGGCUGUGUUUGAGGGCGAGGAGUUGGACUUGUGUAAGCUAUUCAAUGCUGUUAAGCGGUUUGGCGGAUAUGAUAAGGUUGUUGAUGGAAAGAAAUGGGGGGAUGUUGCUCGCUUUGUGAGGACAGGUGGGAAGAUUUCAGACUGUGCUAAGCAUGUGUUGUGUCAGUUGUACCGUGACCGUUUGUAUGAUUAUGAGAGUUUCUAUAAUCGCAUGAAUCAAGGGGCAACCCUGAAUUGUAAGAAAGGUGGGCAUGAGGACCGCAAAAGUGAUCAAGCCAAGGGGCAUCACAAGAAUGUAGAUUGUUUGAAACGUAAGGAUUGUAAAGUGCAGGAAGAAGAACAUGAUCAAAUUUGUGAGCAAUGUAAAAGUGGUUUGCAUGGGGAUGUCAUGCUUUUGUGUGAUAGGUGCGACAAGGGCUGGCAUAUUUAUUGUCUUUCCCCACCAUUGAAACAAAUUCCUCAGGGAAAUUGGUAUUGUUUCAACUGCUUGAAUUCUGAUAGGGACAGCUUUGGUUUUGUUCCUGGGAAGCACUAUUCAUUGAAAGCUUUUAGACGCAUAGCAGAGCAGUCAAGGAAGAAAUGGUUUGGAUCAGGACCAGUUUCAAGGGUGCAAAUAGAGAAAAAAUUUUGGGAUAUUGUGGAGGGAUUGAUUGGUGAGGUUGAGGUUAUGUAUGGAAAUGACUUGGAUACGUCUGUCUAUGGUAGUGGUUUCCCACGCGCAUCUGUUCAGAGACCACAAUCAAUUGAUGACAAAUUAUGGCAAGAAUACUUGACUAACCCAUGGAAUCUUAAUAACUUGCCUAAGUUGAAAGGUUCAAUGCUUCGAGCUGUUCAUCACAAUAUCACUGGUGUCAUGGUACCCUGGCUAUAUAUUGGGAUGCUGUUCUCGUCAUUUUGCUGGCAUUUUGAGGAUCACUGCUUUUACUCAAUGAACUAUCUACACUGGGGAGAGCCAAAGUGCUGGUACAGUGUUCCUGGUAGUCAAGCCAGUGCAUUUGAGAAGGUGAUGAGAAGCAGUCUUCCUGAUCUUUUUGAUGCACAACCUGAUCUGCUUUUUCAGCUGGUUACUAUGUUGAACCCAUCUGUCUUGCAAGAAAAUGGAGUUCCUGUCUACAGCAUACUUCAGGAGCCUGGGAAUUUUGUUAUCACCUUCCCCAGAUCUUAUCAUGGAGGUUUCAAUCUUGGUUUAAAUUGUGCAGAGGCAGUCAAUUUUGCUCCUGCUGACUGGCUACCACAUGGUGCUUAUGGAGCUGAUCUCUAUCAGCAGUAUCACAAAACUGCUGUCUUGUCUCAUGAGGAGCUUCUUUGUGUAGUAUCCCAGUAUGGUGAUGUUGAUAGCAGAGCUUCUUAUUAUUUGAAGGAGGAAUUGUUGAAAAUAUCAGAUAAAGAAAAAUCUUGGAGAGUGAAACUUUGGAAGAAUGGUAUUAUUAAAUCUUCUCGCAUGGCUCCUCGAAAACGUCCUCAAUAUGUGGGAACUGAAGAAGAUCCAGCAUGCAUUAUUUGCCAGCAAUAUCUCUAUCUCUCUGCUGUUGUAUGUGGUUGCAGGCCAUCAACUUUUGUUUGUUUGGAGCACUGGGAACACCUUUGCGAAUGCAAAACUGUAAAAUUAUGUCUUCUCUAUCGUCAUUCACUUGCAGAAUUGUAUGACUUGGCAUUUUCUAUGGACAAAUAUGCUUCUGAGGAAAAAGUCGAGUGUAGAAGUGUGAAAAGGCAGUCUUCAUGUCUUGGUGCUUUGACCAAAAAGGUGAAAGGUAGCACCAUUUCUUUUGCUGAACUUGCUACAAAAUGGCUUGUGCAAUCUAGUAUUAUUCUUCAGAAUGAUUUUUUGAGUGAUGCAUUUGCUACUGCACUAAGGAAAGCUGAACAAUUCCUUUGGGCUGGUUCUGAGAUGGAUUCUGUUCGAGAUAUGGUAAAGAAUUUGAUUGAAGCUCAGAAGUGGGCUGAAGGGAUAAGAGACUGCGUAAAAAAAAUUGAGUUAUGGUUGUGUCAUCAGGACUCUGUCAAGGAAGUUCAAUUAGAAUUUGUUGAUGAGUUACUGAAAUUUAGUCCUGCACCAUGCAAUGAGCCUCAUUUUCAUAAAUUGAAGGAAUACGCAGAACAAGCAAGGUUGUUAAUUCAGGAAAUUGAUACUGCUUUGUCAAUGUGUUCAGAGAUGUCUGAGUUGGAACUUUUAUACUCCAGAGCUUGUGGCUUGCCCAUCUACGUGAAAGAAAGCAAGAAAUUAGAAGUGAAAAUUUCUUCAACCAAGGCAUGGCUGGAUGGUGUCAAAAAGUGCAUCUCAGCAAGACAUCCUGCUGCACUAAAUGUUGAUGUUCUUUACAAAUUAAAAUCAGAGUUUGCGGAUCUUAAAGUUCAACUCUUGGAGAUAGACACACUUCAAAAUCUAUUAAGUCAAGCUGAAUCUUGUAUUGCUCAAUGUCGUGAUAUGUUAGAAGGUCCUAUGAAACUUGAGAUUGUUGGUUUGCUGCUGAAGGAAUGGGAGAAUUUCACAGUUGAUGUACCAGAGCUGAAGCUUUUAAGGCAAUACCAUUUAGAUGCUGUUUCGUGGGUUUCCCACACUACAGAUGUUUUAGGGAGAGUUCACAUACUGGAAGAUCAACAUAAUGCAGCUGUUCAAUUGAAGAGCAUUUUUGAAGAAGGUUUAUCUUUGAAAAUUCAAGUUGACGAGUUGGCAUUAGUCGAGAUUGAGCUGAAGAAGGCUAAUUGCCGGGAAAAGGCUUUGAAGGCACAUGAUUCUAAGAUGCCUCUGGAAAUCAUUCAGCAACUGUUGAAGGAGGCCACUAUGCUACAAAUUGAGGGAGAAAAACACUUUGUCAAUUUAUCUAGUGUGCUUGCUGUUGCCAUGCCUUGGGAGGAAAGGGCUAGAGAGAUACUUUCACAUGAAGCUCCUAUAUCUGACUUUGAGGAUAUGAUCAGAGCUUCAGAAAACAUAUUUGUUAUUCUUCCUUCACUCAAUGGUGUUAAGACUGCACUAUCAGAAGCUAAUUCCUGGUUAAGGAAUUCAAAGCCAUAUUUAGUCUCUGCUACUCAUGUUUCAAAUUCUGUUUGGAAAGUUGAGGACUUGCAGAUGUUGGUUUCUCAAUCAAAGCAUCUUAAAGUAUCUUUGGAAGAAAGAAGGAUGCUUGAAUUAGUUUUUAAGAACUGCAAAAUAUGGGAGUGUGAAGCAUGUUCUCUACUGGACGAUGCUCGGUGCUUAUUUGAAUUGGAUAACUCUCUCCAUGAAAGAAGUAGUGGUUUAAUGCAUAAAGUGGAAGAUUUGAUUGUAAGAAUCAAAUCUGCCAUUACAUCUGGUGUAUCACUUGGUUUUGACUUCAAUGAGAUUUCAAAACUUGAAACAUCUUGUUCUACACUUCAAUGGUGCAAAAGAGCCUUAUCUUUCAGCAAUUACUCUCCUUCUUUAGAGGAUGUUUUGGAGGUUGCAGAAGGUCUUUCUCAUUCUUUUGUUUCUGGUGCUCUGUUGAAAGCUUUGAUUGAUGCCGUUGAAUGGCUUAGGAGAGCAUUGGAGGGGAUUUCUGGACCUCGCAAUUCUAGAAGAUGCAAUUUGACUGAUGUUCAAGAUAUUCUUACCAAUUAUCAGACUAUUAAAAUGACCUUUACAGCAGUUAAUUGUCAACUUGAAGAAGCCAUUGGAAAACAUAAGUUGUGGCAAGAGCGAGUCCAUCAAUUUUUUUGUCUAAGUUCUAGGGAACGCUCUUGGUCAUCAAUAUUGCAGCUCAAGGAACUUGGAGAUACUGUUGCCUUUAGUUGUUCAGAACUGGAUUUGAUUUUAUCUGAAGUUGAUAAGGUGGAAAAUUGGAAGAAAAGAUGCAUGGAUAAAAUAGGAACUGUAGUCCAAAGUGGGAAUUCGCUGCUUCAUGCACUGGAGAAGAUAAAACAGACUCUAGAUAGAUCGUUGUUCAUAUAUGGCAAGUUGGAAGAUCUGGAGGGACAAAAUCCAUGCAUCUGUUGCUUUGAUGAUUCUGAAGAUCUGGAAUUUCUUACUUGUUCCACUUGUAUGGACUGCUAUCAUUUACAGUGCAUUGGACUAACAGGAAAAGUCAGAGGCAUUGAAAACUACAAGUGCCAUUAUUGUGAAAUGUUGAAGGAUGAAUCCCAUUAUCAGAAUGGAGGUGCCUGCCUGACAUUUGGAAAGAAGCGUAUUGAAUUGAAAAUUCUUGCUGAACUCAUGGCUGAUGCUGAACAUUUCUGUUUAUGGAUUGAUGAAAGAGAUGUUUUGAGCCAACUUGUUGAGAAAGCCCUUUCAUGUAAGUCUUGCUUAAGAGAGAUAGUGACCCACGCAUCAGCUGAUGUUUAUGAAGAUAUUAGUGCCAUCUCUGAAAAGUUAGCCACUGCCCUAAAGGCUAGCAAAGUGGCUGUUGUCUACGAUCAGCAUGAUAAUUGUGAUCUUGAGCUGGCUUUAGCAAAAAACUUGUGGAAAAUUCAAGCCAAUAGAUUGUUAAAUGGUGUGCAAAAGCCCUCUGUCAAACUGAUUCAGAAGCAUCUGAAGGAGGGAGUUGCUGCGGACAUAUCACCUGAAGAUCACUAUAUGUUGAAACUUACAAAUGUGAAUUGCUUGGGUUUGCAGUGGGUAGAAUUAGCCAACAAGGUGGCAAUUGAUUUUGGGGCACUCGACCUAGAUAAAGUUUUUGAACUUGUAGCAGAAGGUGAAAACUUGCCUGUUGAUGUAACUGAGGAACUCAGGAUAUUAAGAGCUAGAUGCAUGCUUUAUUGCAUUUGUCGAAAGCCGUUUGAUCCACAAAGGAUGAUUGCCUGUUAUCAUUGUAAUGAGUGGUAUCACUUCGAUUGCAUGAAAUUGCCAUGCACAAGAGAGGUCUACAUUUGUCCUGCAUGUAACCCUUGUACAGAAGGAUUGCCUACAAACCAUGACAGAUUAACUAGUGGUAAAUUUGAGGAGCCUAAAACCCCGUCUCCCAGGCAUACAAACCCUAGAAAGAAACAGAAGAGAGAUGUGCCCAGUCUCACUUGCAACAUGUUUGCAACGAGGAAUCAAGAUAGUUGUAAUGGGAUAGAAUCCCUAAGGUGGCAAAGUCGAAAGCCUUUCAGAAGAGCAGCUAGGAAACGUGUUGAGCUUCGAAGUCUUUCUCCAUUUCUAUGCAUACAACGAUAACUAUGCAUAGUAGAUAAUCAUUGAUCAUUAAAUUGAUUCAAUUGAUUCUUAUGGUGUCAUUUGUCAUUUUUAAUCCAUGGUAACGUGAAAAAUUCAUCUUCAAUUCAUUGUCAUUUGCAUGUCACACCAUUUAAAAUUACUAGGAUAAAGAUGGUGUGAAUUAAUGUUAGUAAGGAUUAGAGUUAUACAGCUUACAAAAAAGUGGGUAGGAUUUCGAUAAAAUUCAGUUAUGUUUUAUGGUGGAUUAGAUUAAAUCAUAGUAAGAAUCAUUCAUCCAUCCUUUUCUAAUUGUCUUUGUCAAGUAAAAAUGAAAUUACAUGGAAUAAACUCCCCAAUUUUAGUUGUAG